GAAAGAGCACGGCAAGGAAGAGCAGAGGUCGGCGACGGGAUCAGAUGUGUUUGGACGAGUUGCGAGAGAGAAGCAGAGACAGCAAAAGCGGAUGAACGGUGAAGGAAGAGCAAGGACGAGGAGACGGAGACGAGACAAGGAGGAGGAAGUAGGACUUGUGGUGGCUCGGAUUAUGUUUUGUUUAUCAACAUACUGGAUGGCAACAAUCGUCUCCCAUGGCUCAAUUGAUCGGGGCGGCGUCGCGCCCAUGGACGAAAAAGAAAACAGGCUCGAGCCCGGCCAAGGCAAAAAGUAUACGCACGAGAGUUGGUGACGAGCAGCCGCGCCUCGUCGCCGCUGAUCGGGUUGGUGUCUU